AUGUACCAGAAUCCCAGGAACCCCAAAGUCUCAGGAGUACCAGGUCCCAGAAUCCAGAGCCCCAGAGCCCUAGGAGCCCCUUGUCCUCAGAGCCCUAGAGCAACCCGAGCCCAACAGUCCUAUAAGCCCCAGAGCUCCAGCAGCCCCGGAACCCAGAGACCUGGAACCCAGGAGUCCUGGAGUCCCAGGAACCUCAAGUGUCCCAGAUCCCCAGAGCCCCAGAGACCCCGAAGAGCCCUGGAGUCCCAAGAGCCUAAGGAGUCCUACAGCAUCAGAGCACUAGAGCUUCAGGAGAACCAGAGGCCCAAGUGCCCCAGGGCCCCAGAGCUACUGGAUCUCCAGAGCCUCAGGAGGCCCAAGGCCACAGAGCCCCCAAGCCCCAGGAGCCACAGGAGUCCCUUAGCCCAGAUCCCUAGAGCCCAGGAAGCCCUGAUGCACAAUGAACACCAGGAGCCCAAACAACCCGGAGCUCCAGAGCCCCUUGAGCCCCAGGGUCCCAGAACCGCUGACACCCAGGAGCCCCAGAACCCCCGAGGCCCAGGAGGCCCAGAGCCACAGGGUUUAGGGCUCAACGACCCAGGAGGCCCAGAGACUCAGGGGCCCAAGGACCCAGAGUCCCGGAGCCCCAAGGAGCCAAAAUGUCCCAGAGACUUGGACCCCCAGGAAGCCAGAGCCCCAGUUGCCGAGAGUGCAGAGCCCCAGUAG